CGCGCAGGUAGCUAAGACGUUCUUUUUCGUUAAAGUCUAUUAUUGAUGGUGAUUUCUUGUAAUGUUUAGUGUUCUUGAUAUAGCAGUCGGUGUGUAACUUCAAAAACAAUAGAUUUAACCAUUGAUAUUCCGAUACGUGACUGCGAGCAGAGUGAUGGCUGAUUUAAAGACGGUGCAGGUAGCUUUGCGCGUGCGGCCAAUCUCGCAGGCCGAAUUGACGCGGGGUAACGACAGCGUCGUGAAAGUCAUCGGCCGGAAUGAGGUGAUCAUCGGCGACGGUAAGCUAAGCUCGGAGCGGUUCACAUUCAACCACACCUUCAACCCCAACGCGACGCAGCUUGAGCUAUACGAGCAAGCGGUCGUGGACCUGCUGGAAAAGUUGUUCGAGGGCUACAACGUCACCAUACUGGCGUACGGACAAACCUCCUCGGGCAAAACGUACACGAUGGGUACGGAAUUCAAGGGCGAGCUGAGCGACGACGUCGGUGUGAUUCCGCGCGCGGUAAAGGACAUUUUUCGGGUCAUCGAGACGUCGGCGAGCGAGGGCAGUGUCACCACUAGGGUCUCCUGCUCGUUCAUUGAGCUCUACCAGGAGACUGUGUACGACCUACUGUCGGUUAACCGUCAGUCGAUCGAGAUACGCGAGGCAGCGGGCGAAAUUGUGCUGCAAGGGUUAACGAAGGUUCCAGUCGAUUCAGUGCAGGCCACACUCGAUUGCCUGCGGCGUGGCGCAACCGUCCGGUGCGUAGGGUCGACAGCGAUGAACGAAGUGUCCAGCCGCAGCCACGCUAUAUUCACCAUCAACAUCCAAAAGGUUUCCCCGGACGAUCCGCAGUCGGUGGUCCAUUCAAAGUUCCACCUGGUCGAUCUGGCCGGCUCGGAGCGCUCGAAGAAGACGCAGGCAACGGGAGACCGGUUUAAAGAGGGCGUAAAGAUAAACCAGGGUUUGCUGGCACUCGGCAACGUGAUAUCGGCUUUGGGUUCGCUCGCAAUGGGUGGCUCUACUGGUUCGGUACACGUCCCGUACCGUGACUCCAAGCUCACCCGCCUGCUGCAAGACUCGCUUGGUGGUAAUUCGUACACGCUGAUGAUCGCAUGCAUUUCACCGGUGGACUACAACCGAGAAGAGACGCUGAGCACACUACGGUACGCGGAUCGUGCCUGCAAGAUCAAGAACAAACCGAUCGUUAACGUCGAUCCACAGCGCGCACAUAUCAUUCAGCUCGAGGCAACCAUCGCCGAGCUGCGUCAGACGAUCGCUAAGCUCCGGGGUAUUGAAGGCGCCGAAGUGGGGCAAAAUAAUCGCUCGCCCGAGACAUGCGGCAAAUCAGCAUCGAGCAGCAGCAUCCUUAACGAUGCGCGGCUGCUGCAGCUGGAGGAAAAAAACCGCAUCCUGCUGGACAGGAUGCAAUCGAUGCUGCCACAUUUGGCGACGAAAGAGAUGCGCGCGUUGGCGGCGGAGAAGGCGCUGGAGGACAUUGAGGCGAAGCUCGAGUUACAAGCUGCUGAAGAGGGCGAAGAAGACGGAGAACAGGACGAAAGUGCUUGCGUCGAUCAAAUCCGGCCUCGCACUAUGGACUUCUUGAAAAGUGUGGUAGGAGAGACGUUGGUAUCGUACCGACAAGAGCGCAAUAGGUUACAACUUCCGGCGGCCGAUACGCGCGAGUCAGUCGGGGGCGAAGCCGAUGCUGACUCACAAGUUUCGCAAUCGGAGGCCAUGCUGCAGGCAUCGGACAGCCACACGCAGCAGCAACUGCGCAUGUACAACGAGCUGAACGAGCUCAACUCCAUGCUAGCGGUGAAGGAACAGCUGGUCCGGCGCUUCCUCGGGCAGGGCGAUGCCGAGUCGUCCGUCGUCGCUACCCGGACGUGCCAGCUUCGGGCACAGCUGGAGGAGCAGGAGAAUACCAUCCGAGCGCUGGAGGAGCAGCUGGCCGUGCAGAACGAGCAGCUCAAGAGCACAAAGGCGAGCGACAAAACGUCGAAGCUAGCCGAGGAACGGCGUCGCAAGGUGCGCCAGCUAGAGACGGAACUGGCCACGCUGCGCCAGCGGGCCGUCGCCAUGCAAAACCACCUAAAGCAGAAAGAGAAGGACUGCCUGCGCGUGCCUGGAUUGACCGCCGAGAUCAAGGCGAUGAAGGCGGCCCGCGUCCAGCUGUUGAAGACCAUGCGAGCGGAGCAGGAAAAAUUCCGCCAGUGGCAGCAGACGCAGCAGAAGCAGAUCUGCCAGCUGGAGGCGAAGGAUCGGAAGCGCCAGCAGGCGAUUCAGAAGAUGGAAUCGAUGCACGCGCUGCAGAAGCAGGUACUACUGCGCCGCAUGGACGUGGAAAAGAAGGCACUGCAGCGCAAGAUGGACGAAACGGCCGCGGUCAACCGGCGCCUGAAGGCAGCGCUCGAGCGCCGUAAGCCCACUGCCGGCGGCGGCGGCGGACCUGGUGCGGAUCGGUCAAACCUGCGGGGCGCUGAAGCGAUGCACUGGAUUGACCAGGAGCUCGAGCUACUUCACAGUGCGGUAGAAGCUACGGAGAUGCUCAAGCUGCUGGAGCAGCAACGCGACGAGGAGUCGGUGCAGCUGGCCGUCAUGAAAGCCGAGGCAAGCGAGGAAUCGGCCCAGAACGGGAGAACCGAGCAAUCGGUGGGCGAUCUGCAGCGGGAGCGAAUCGCGAACUUUGAGGCCUCGCUGCGCGUCCGCAACGAGACGAUUGUCGAUCUGGAGCAGAAACUCCAAUCGGUGAACAUGGACGAGCAGCUGGCGACACUCAGCAGCACGCUGGCCACGCUGCCGGAAACGCGCGAAGUCAUGCGCCGGCUGCUGGACGUGCUGGUGCAGAAAGAUGUUGUUUUCAUCCGGGAACGCUUCACGAAGAUGGAGGCCCAGUGCAAGCAGACGGUUGCGAAGACGCCCGUCGCGGAUCGCAAGCAGCUGUCGACGUUGACGCUCAUCAAAAACAUGGACCCGGAGGAACAGUACCGGCAGCUGUUGCAACGGUACAAACUUCAGCAACAGUGCCACAGCGAUCGAACCUCUGCGACGGGCGGAGACGACGAACUCAUUGCUCUAACUGAGCAUGUCCUGUCCGACUCGAGCACGCUGCGCGAUGAACUGAAUCUGUUCAAGGCGAGCUACAAGCUGCUGCAGGCCCAGGUCGACGAGCUACGGGCAAACGGUGCCAGCAGACAGCCGGUCUUCAAGAAGCCCAAACUGUCAAAGGUGAAUGAGCAUCUACUGGACGACGAUCUGGAUGAGGCGGAAGAGCACUUCCUGGAGGAGGAAUCAGAAGAAGAUCUCGAGCGUGAUCCAACAUUCCGCAUGACGCCGCUUGCAAAGCGCAAAAAGCCUGAGCCGGUCGUGCCUUCGACAAACGAUUCAUCAUCGUCUUCGGCAACAGCGUCUGCCCACCUACUAAACACCACCGUUGCACACUGCAGCUGCGCCGGCACAUGCUCAACGAAGCGUUGCGGGUGUAGGAAAAACAAUAUCCCAUGCUCGUCGACAUGCAAGUGUCCGGAGAAUUGUGUCAACAAGGAUAACCAGGAAAAUCAGUCCGUUACGCAGGAAGAGGAGCCCAAGCAGAAGGAAGGCGAAACAGAAGGCGCCGCUCCGGUUGCGAAGCGUCCCAUGGACCAACAUUUGGACAUCCUGGAGUACGUCAGGCAAAACAAAAAAAGAAAACCACUUAUCGACUUGUGAAGCUCCAUGCGCAUAUCAUCGAGCGAU